AUUGUAAUUUUUUGACAUUAAACUUACAAUAAGCAAGAAAAAAAAAAGCAUAAAACCAUAGUAUAUACUGGGAGAAGUAAGAGCAGCUUGGCAGAUGUGAAGGAGGUGCAGCUGUCAGCUGAUAGGGUUGUCAACAAGAAGACCUCAGCAUCAUACGUCUCAUCUUGUCUUCCCUUGUCCUGCAGUCUACCAUAAGAUUUUCCUGCAGUUGUCUUCUGCGGCUGCUGCUGCUGAGACGACAGAAGGGAGAGAAACAUUGAGGAAUCCCUGUCAAUGGCUGCGCCGGCAUUUGACAAGCUGCCCCUGGAGAGUGCCUUGGAAGACUCCCCGCAGGUGCGCUCCCUGGUAGGGGUGGCGAGUGAAGAUGCUCGAGCUCUACGAGAUUAUGUCACAAUCUUACACCAACUCUCAUCCAAGCUGGUGGCUGCCCAUAAUCAGCUUACAUCAGCAUAUCAAGAUUUGGCCAAACAUUUGAAAGCAUACAAGUCGGUUAAAUUUGCAGUAGACAAUGACAAUGAAGGUGUGGUGUCCUCAACACUUGAGAAGUUCGCUUCACAUAUUUCAGAGAUGAGCUCAUGGGAGCAUAUAGUAGCAACACAGAUUGCUGAUGGGUCAGUGUAUCCACUCUCAAGAUUCAUUGAUACAGAAUUACAUGAGAUGGACACCAUGGCAACACUUUAUCAGAAUGCAGGCUUGGACUUAGAGAGGGCAGUCACACGGUAUAGUCGAUGCCGUCGACGAGAUCCUGAACAGGAGUACAGAGAAUCCAACGAGGAAGUGUAUGUGUCCAAAAAAAAAUUCCAUCAGAUGGCCCUUCAUUACUACUCCAAACUCAAUUUACUGCAGUACUCUCGUAAGGCUGCCUUGCUUGAGCCCAUGUUAGGGCUUUUGGUAGCUACACGAGCACAUUACAACAUGGGACGUGACACACUAGCUGCUUCUGAUGUAGAGGAUUUCCUUGCUAAUAUUUCUGUAUGUGUCAAGAGUGAGCAAGAGGACCAAACAAAAGAGAGAGAAGACACAUUGGAGCUUAUCGAUUCCAUCAUCACUCAGUCUCAGCUCAUGUAUUAUGCUCAGCCACCCCCGGAUCUUGCUGCCUUACCCCCAGAUACAACUCUUACAACUAAGGGUGGCUACCUCAAUGUCCAGAAAAAGUACAUGGGUGUUAUGAGCUCUUGGGAAAGGCAGUUCGUAUUCAUCGAAGGAGGAAACCUUAUGGGUGUGAUGAAAGGGGAGCCAGCUGGAUCACUUCUUCUUGAGAUAGAUUCUUCAACACUUGUUCAUGCCACGGACACAGAUGAUCGACGACAUGUUUUUCAGGUGGCCAAUAGCAAAAAAUCUGUGACGCUUCAAGCUCUGAAUGAUCGUGAGCGUGAUGAAUGGAUGCUGACAAUUCACAACCUGGCAAAAGAUGGUGGUUACAUCAAAGAUGAGAAAGCUGCCCCAGCUUCCCUCUUCUCGGGUGUGGGACAAUUUUUUGCAGACAAGUUCCAUGCUGCAUCUGCUGCAAUGGGUUCAGCUCCUUCUACUCCAACUAUUGCUACAUCAUCUACAACAACAUCAUCAAGCUCAUUGGCCACAGCAAGCAGUCCACAUGAAGCACCCAUCCCACCUGAUACUCCUAUAGUGUUUGAUCUGCUCACAUCACCUGAAGAAACUACCACGCUUAAUCUUGAACGUGAUGAGACUCAGAAAGACAAUGCAAGUGAGGAAAAAGGGCAUGAUAACAGCGAAGGAAGCAAUUUCUUCAUUGUACGUUUCCUUGGCUCCAUGGGUGUUAAUGUGGACAAAGUUAUUACUUUCAUAGAUGGCCAAAGUGUAGUGUGUGAGGUGAUGAGGAGGAUCUUGGCAGCUCGAGCCAUUCACAAUGUUUUCUCCACCAAUGAGCUGCGACUCUCAAUUUCAAGCUCAUAUUUGAUGCUCUCUGAUGCCACCACCAAAGCUCUUCGUUUGCAGCACAGCCUGAGUGAUGUGGCUUACUGGGCUACGCAUAGUGAAAACCACAAGCUCGUAGGAUAUAUAGUGCGACAAAGCGAGAGCGGAGGAGCAGAUAACACCAGGUACUCGUGCUUUGUGUUCGAGGCAGAUGGCAGUGGAACCGAUGUUUGUACUGCACUGGGAGUGGCAGCAAAGGCAGCUUAUGAUCAUCUUCUGGAGAAGAAAACAAUUGAGAAAAAGAGAAACCAGGAAACAAAACUCUUGUUAGCCAAUAUAGCUCAACUUCCAGACAUCGAUGAUCCCCCUCAAGUGAGCUCUGAUGGCCAGUUCCUCAUCCUUGAUGGCGAUUUGACCGACACUACUCCAAAGACAUCACCAGUUCCUACUCGUUGCAAAGAAACCACACCAGUUCCUGACCCUGUAGUGGCUGGUGAUGGACAGGAUCCAGAAAGUGAAGCUUAGCAUCCUUGUCACUUGAGUAUUACUAGGCUUUUAAAAGCAAGUGUGUGACAAAGCUAAGGUUUAGUUAUUUGAGACUGUUCACCAUAUAAAUUACUUUUUGUUUUAUAUACAAAUACAGUAAUGUGGUCUUUUACAUUUUAAAAUUUAUUUUUGAGAAACAGUCUGCAUUUUUGUCCUUUUGACAAAUAAAAUAUAUUACUAAAUGUCUGAUAUGGAAAUCAGGAGGCUUUUAGAGUAUCUUAAGGCUAAUUUUGUUAUGGAAAUGAAGCCUUAUAUAUUUACUGUAGUUGGCAGCCAAAGUGUACUUUGCAUGCAGGGGUUGAAUAACAGAGGCAGGCUUUGUACUAAAGGUGUGCCAAGCUUUGAAUUUUAUCAUGAAAUCUUUGAAUGGAAUUUUCUAGAUAACUUUAAUGCUGUGUGGAACAUUGGUACUCAGCUUUGAUACUGUACAUGGUAUCACCAAUGUAAUAUUUUGCCAAAAUGUUUUAAAAAUUUAAAAAUAAAAUAGCUAGAUUUUUCAGAUUUUGCAUUAAAAUUGACUAACAGUGAAAGCAAUUUAUCCACGAAAAACAAAUUUUAAUCAAAGCUAUUAAUAUUAUUACCUAUACAUACUUAGUGAUAAUUUCGUUAAAUUACAUUAUAAGGGCAUUCACAAUACAAUAGGGUCCCAACUUAUGAUGUUGGCGCUUUGAAUCCUGUUAAUUACUUUUGAAUACAGAUCUGCAGUUACAAUCAUUGCAAAUAUUCAAACAAAUUAUUUUUUAAUUUUUUUUUUUUUUUUAAGAGUUUUUACCAAAUGCAUUCAUACUUUGUCUAUUUUCAUUUUAUGCAUAUAUAGAUAGCUCUCAUUUGUUUGGUAGAGAUUGGUCAAGAACUAUAAAUUUAGUAGUUAUGAUUUUCUUAAAGCUGAAAUAUGUUUGUGUACAUUAUGAAUUUGUGGAGUUUUUUUUUUUGUGGGGGGGAUAGAGGUUUGUUAAAACCUGUAGAUUAAAUACUGUAAUUACAUUCUGUAGUAGCCACUAACCACUUCCUCUGUACUGGACAUGUCCAUUUGUGAGGUUCAGGAUAUCAACUCAUGCCACACCUUUCCCCAUAGUUAUCCUUACCAUUACUUUUCCACUAUUCACCUAAGCACAUUAACCCUCACCAUAAUAAUAAGGGAAUGUCAAGCGUAUGUAGAGUUGAAUUUGAUACAGUGCAAGAGUGGGUGGAAGUGAUGAAGGGUUGCAGUCCAGCUGCUCUCUCCUGUUACACCUGUUGCCCCAUUCCUCCUGUAAUACAAACCCAACCACAGCAGUGAAGAAGUGAAUAGUGUGUGUAAAGAGUAUUUUGAGAGAGAAAGAGUGAGCGAGUGAGUCAGAGACCAGCUCCUGCCUUCCUCAAUCAAUUUGUACUACACGUCCAUCUUUUAGCUCUGUUUUAAUUAACUAAUACUGUAUUAUUUUGGGUAAAUAUUCUUAGUUAAAUUGAAUUACAUGCAGAAUAUUAUGGCUUGGAUACACAUGACAUGGGCAUCUCUGGAAGCUCAUAGUUCCAAACACCAGACUUGCAACAGUUUUCAGGAAUGCAUUAACUUAAGUUGGGGCCCUACUGUAUGGUGAAAAGAAGAUUAACCUCUUCUUGGCUAUUAAAAUCAAAUGUGCUGUAGUACAAAUGAUUUAAACUUCCUGAUAUUUUUUGAACUGGAGAGUUUUGUCUUGUAGGUAUUAUUUGCAAUACUGAAAAAUGAAAUCCUUAUAAUUAAAAGGUUUAUUAGAGAGCAAAGUAAAUUGCUUGUUCCAAGUUAAGGCUCAUGUAAAGACUAAGAUUUAAGAUUUUUAAAAAUAACUAAGCAUUAGACAGCACAAUUGGAAACUAGAUUGACAUAACGAUUGUCAUUGAUUGAUGCCUGAUAUUUGCCAAACUGAAGGCAGUUUGACUUUUUAUGCAAGAUUGCAUGCAUAUGUUGAAAAUAUUUGUUAUAAUGCAAGUUAAGCAUGAGACGAAUUAUCAGAGAACUAAAUUUUUAUAAUUUUAUAUAGUAUAUGUAUACAGUACAGUAUUUGCAUAUUACAAAAAAACUUAGCUUUCUCUUUAUGGAGAUUGGAUAAGAAGCGAGAUUAAAUGACCAGUGUCACAACCAUUUAUGCAAUCAUACAGAGUCUGUGAAGUAGAGGGGAAAAUUCUGACUUUUUAAAUUCUCAAUACCCGAAAAACACAGUACAGUCUUUACAAGGAUGCUGCAGUGAUGAUUGCAUAUCUUCUAAAUGCUAAUAGAUAUGAGGAAGAUGCUAAAGAAAAAUGCAAACCAGGUGGUUCUAAGUGUACUUCGGCUCUAAUGCAGAUACAGAUAAAUACUGAAUAUCUUCAUACAAGUUUGUGAUGAAUGUAAAGUGGAUGUCAUAAUAGUGUACAUAAUCAAUAUUACAAAUGUGGUUUGCCAUCCUACUGCAGAUGAUGCCUAAUUGUUUUUCUUUUACAUUUGCUUCCCAAUAUUUUAUAAUUCAUUAUGAAAUUUAAGAUUUAUUAGGCAUACCCCAUGACAUUAAGAGUUACCCAUAAUUAUAAAAAUAAAUAACAAAAUGAAAUUUUAUUUCUUUGCUAAGGUUACAGUGUAUGUUUACAUUUCAUAAUUUGAUUGGUGCAAAGAAAACCAUUAUCACGCCGAGGCAUUUCGGGCAGACUUAACCUAAUACUUAUAGACUACUUAAGUCUAGACAGGUGAAGAGUGGUAGAAUACAAUUUUUUUUUUUUUUUUUUUUUUUAACACACUGGCUGAUUCCCACCAAGGCAGGGUGGCCCGAAAAAGAAAAACUUUCACCAUCAUUCACUCCAUCACUCUUGCCAGAAGGGUGUUUUACACUACAGUUUUUAAACUGCAACAUUAACACCCCUCCUUAAGAGUGCAGGCACUGUACUUGCCAUCUCCAGGACUCAAGUCUGGCCUGCCGGUUUCCCUGAACCCCUUCAUAAAUGUUACUUUUCUCACACUCCAACAGCACGUCAAGUAUUAAAAACCAUUCGUCUCCAUUCACUCCUAUCAAACAUGGUCACGCAUGCCCGCUGGAAGUCCAAGCCCCUCGCACACAAAACCCCCUUUACCCCCUCCCUCCAACCUUUCCUAGGCCGACCCCUACCCCGCCUUCCUUCCGCUACAGACGAUACACUCGAAGUCAUUCUGUUUCGCUCCAUUCUCUCUACAUGUCCAAACCACCUCAACAACCCUUCCUCAGCCCUCUGGACAACAGUUUCGGCAAUCCCGCACCUCUUCCAAACUACGAAUUCUCUGCAUUAUAUUCACACCACACAUUGCUCUCAGACAUGACAUCUCCACCGCCUCCAGCCUUCUCCUCGCUGCAACAUUCAUCACCCAUGCUUCACACCCAUAUAAGAGCGUUGGUAAAACUAUACUCUCAUACAUUCCCCUCUUUGCCUCCAAGGAACAAAGUUCUUUGCUUCCACAGACUCCUAAGUGCACCACUCACUCUUUUCCCCUCAUCAAUUAUAUGAUUCACCUCAUCUUUCAUAGAUCCAUCCACUGACACAUCCACUCCCAAAUAUCUGAAUACAUUCACCUCCUCCAUACUCUCUCCCUCCAAUCUGAUAUCCAAUCUUUCAUCACCUAAUCUUUUUAUCCUCAUAACCUUACUCUUUCCUGUAUUCACUUUUAAUUUUCUUUUUACAUA